AUGAAAGGCUUCAUCCUAAAAACGGCAUUUGUUGCCGCAGCUCUCCUUUCCCCUGCCGAUGCUUCCCCCAAAGGUCCUGUGGACACUUACAAGAAAUGUCAACGUCAGACAAAACGUGCCACGGAAGGUUGUCCAAAAGGAACUCUCUUCGUCGCCAAGAAUGAUCCCCGCUCCGACUUUUCUUCUAUACAGGACGCCAUUGAUUCUCUGGGAAACACCACAACAGCUGGACACAUUCUAAUCGCCCCUGGUGAUUAUACAGAACAGCUGAACGUCACCAGGAGAGGGCCCUUGCACCUAAUCGGCGCUUCUAACAAACCUUGGACGAAAGAUCUCUACGCAGACAUCGAUGUCAACACCACAGCACAGAACGAUGUGCAGAUUUGGUGGAACUUGGCAAACACCAACAAUGGAAGCAUGAGUGACAAUGUGUACACGAGUGUGCUGACUGUGGGACCAAACCUGGAUGCUACUCUGACCGGAGCUGGUCCAACGGGUUGGCCUGUUCCACCCAAUACUCCUUUCGGCUGCACUGAUUUCCGAGCGUACAAUAUCGAUUUCAGGAACGACUUUGCUCCGAGAUCGGUUGGACCUGCUCACGCUGUUGGCGUCAGUAGGGCGAAUGCCGGGUUUUACUCUUGUGGAUUCUACAGCUAUCAAGAUACCGUUUAUGUCGGAAAGCUUGGAAAUGCCUUUUUCUAUGACAAUAUCAUCGCUGGAGAGACUGACUUCCUGUACGGUUUCGGGACAGCAUGGAUUGAUCGCUCGACACUAUCUCUUCGAAACUGCAACGGAGGAAUAACAGCUUGGAAGGGUACAAAUACAACUUUUACUAACAAAUACGGCGUAUACAUCGACAACUCUCAGGUCAUUCCCUCAAACGCCACCAUUGCCAGAGACCUAGUUGGAAAAUGUCCGUUGGGACGACCGUGGAAUUCGCAGCACAAGUCUAUCUUUAUGAGAUCCUACUUUGAUAGCGUUAUCCUUCCCGCAGGAUAUAUCAAAUGGAACCCAGAUACACCUCGUGUGGACAACUACACGUUUAUGGCUACGUGGAAUGAUUACGGCCCCGGGUACAAUGUCAAGGCUUUGAAGGACGGUGGAAUUACAAAGGUGUUGACUGACAAGGAAGCAAAGCCUUAUAAAUCUCCCAAGGACGUGUUCCAAACACCAGAGGGCAAGUUUGGUUUUGUGAGCUGGAUUGACAAGAAGGCAUUGUAA